AUGUCUGACCUCGACGCUGACCUCUAUGGAGACCUUUACGACACUGAUUUCGCUGAUCAGGCGCAGGAGGAAAAACCGACGACAGCCCCGGAACAAGUACCUCAGGAGCCAGUAUCAACGCCGGCCUCGAAACCUCAGCAAAGUGCUCCAGUGAAGCCUUCACCGCCUUCAGUCGAUAUCAGAACGCCCUCUUAUUCGACGCCGGCAGUCCAAACGCCAAUAGCCCCUAUGAUGAUGCCACUAACACAGCAAAUUCCGACAUACGAACAGCCGCAGGAUGACUAUGGGGACUCCUCGCGAGCUGAUGGAGUUUACCAGAAUAUUUCGGUUGCUGAGCGGACCAUACGGCCCUCAGAAAUGAAGGACGAGGGGUAA